AUGAAGGUUUCACAGUCUCUGUCUCUUUUGCUCCUCCCUCUUACCGCGCUAGCCGCGCCAAUUCUCGAGGGCACUGGAAACGUUAAAGCUGCAGCCGGAGCAUGCGCACCAAUGAUGCUUAUCUUUGCUCGUGGAACUACAGAAACAGGUACUUUGGGUACCGUAGCAGGACCUCCAUUAGUUGCUGCUCUUGGCAAAGCCGUUGGUGCCAGCAAUAUGGCUGCCCAAGGUGUACCUUACCCCGCCGAUAUCCCAGGAUUCUUGGCAGGAGGUGAUGCAGCUGGAAGCAAGAUGAUGGCUCAAAUGAUCUCAACUGCCGUUACAAACUGUCCCGAUUCCAAGAUCGUCAUGGCAGGUUACUCUCAAGGUGGUCAACUCGUACACAACGCUGCAAAAAUGCUUCCCGCAGCCACCAUGGCCAAAGUUAGCUCUGCUAUCAUUUUCGGAGACCCAAACAACGGAGAUCCAGUCGCAGGCGCAUCAGCUGCAAAUACAAAGGUUAUUUGCCAUACCGGUGAUAACAUUUGCGCCCACGGAGAUCUGAUUCUAGCACCCCAUUUAACUUAUGGAAUGGAUGCCGGUACAGCUGCUGCUUUUGCCAAGACUGCUGCGGGUAUGUGA